AUGGAUCCAUUAGCACUAAAUGAGCUCGAUGAUAAACGCAUAAAAAACAUAAGGCCAUUAAUUCAACCUCAAAUUUUAAUGGAAGACUUUCCACUUACCUUCCAAGCAGCACAAAGUGUCAUACUUGGUCGUUCUGCUGCUGAAGGCAUCAUAAAAGGUCACGACGACCGACUUCUUGUAAUAGUUGGUCCUUGUUCAGUUCAUGAUGUUCAUGCUGCUCUCGAAUAUGCUGAAAGAUUAAAAGACUAUUCAGCUAGUGCAAGUAGUGAACUAGCUAUUAUUAUGCGAGUUUAUUUCGAAAAACCAAGAACUACAGUAGGAUGGAAAGGACUGAUAAAUGAUCCUGACUUAAAUAACAGUUUUCAAAUAAAUAAAGGUUUACGAGUUGCACGAAAUUUAUUAUUAGAUAUAAAUCAAAUGGGAGUUCCAUGCGGAUGUGAAUUCCUUGAUACAAUCACACCACAAUACAUUGCAGAUCUAGUUUCCUGGGGUGCUAUUGGUGCAAGAACUACCGAAUCACAAGUGCAUCGCGAAUUAGCUUCAGGUUUAUCUGCACCUGUUGGUUUCAAAAAUGGCACUGAUGGAAAUAUAGGUGUAGCUGUUGACGCUAUCAAAGCUGCUAGUGCUAAACACAAUUUCUUAUCGGUUACAAAACAGGGAAUAAGCGCAAUAGUGGAAACAGAGGGAAACGAUUCUUGUCAUGUAAUUUUAAGAGGUGGUAUAAGUGGACCUAAUUAUUCGGCUGAGAAUAUAACAAAUGUUGUAUCUAAAUUAGAAGCUGCAAAACUCGUUUCACGUAUAAUGAUUGACUGUAGUCACGGUAAUAGCCAAAAGGUGUUCAGCAAACAAGUAGAUGUAGCUAAAGAUAUUGUUGAACAACUUAAAACUUCACCUACAGGAUUCAAUAUAAUGGGCGUAAUGAUUGAAAGUAACUUGGUAGAAGGAAAUCAAGGCAUUCCACCAGAUGGGGGUGCAAAUCUUAUUUAUGGUCAAUCAGUAACAGAUGCAUGUAUUGGUUGGGAAACUACAGUUCAAGUUUUGGAUCUAUUGCGUGAAGGUGUCCGUGCUAGAAGGCAACGUAAUGGUAAAGCUGUAAAUGGAACUGGUAAAGUUGUAAAUGGAAUUAGUAAAGCUGUAAAUGGAAUUAGUAAAGGUGUAAAUGGAACUGGUAAAAUUAUAAAUGGAAUAGUUUAA